AUGGUCGUCCCCGCCGACCCCGCCGACCCCGCCCCCCUCCCCGCCGCCGUCGCCCUCGACGCCCCGAAGGACUCCGACGCAACGGUACACCCAGACAUCGGCCAGGACCGCGACGUCGAGCGCUCGCCGACCAUCGCCAGGCGGCACUCUUCCGAUCCGUUCACGCUCCGCGCAGGCCUCCAGCCCGAGUCCACCCUCGCCGACCUCCGCAAACGCCAUCCAGGCCGCAAGGGACGCCGCCUCGAGCGCUACCAACGCGGCCAAAAUGAGCUCAUCGAAUCGCUGCUCAAGCCGAUGGAGGAGCACACCCUCGCCGCCGCAGAGCAGGCGGAGGCAGCCCGUCUUCCGGUGAAAAUCGCCGUGUGGGCCAGCCUGGUCGCCAACUUUGCCCUCUGCGUGCUGCAGAUGUACGCCGCCAUCUCCGCCCUCUCCCUCUCCCUCAUCGCCACCGGCAUCGACUCCAUCUUCGACAUCGGCUCCAACGUCCUCCUCUUCUGGCUCCAUCGCAAGGCCACCCGCAUGGACGCCAACCGCUGGCCCGUCGGCGGCAGCCGUCUCGAGACCAUCGGCAACGUCAUCUACGGCUUCCUCAUGGGCUCCGUCAACCUCGUCGUCAUCGUCGAGUCCGCCCGUUCGCUCAUCACCUCGUCGGACGGCAACGAGUUCCACAUCCCGUCCAUCGUCGCCGUCGCCGCCGCCCUCGGCGUCAAGUUCCUCCUCUUCCUCUACUGCCUCUCCAUCCGCAAACAGUCUUCCCAGGUCGAGGUCCUCUGGGAAGACCACCGGAACGAUCUCUUCAUCAACUCGUUCGGACUUCUCAUGUCUGCCGGCGGCUCCAAACUGAAGUGGUGGCUUGACCCGAUGGGGGCGAUCAUCAUCGCUGCAGGCGUCAUCGCCGCCUGGGGACGGACCGUCUACCGCGAGUUUGAGCUCCUCGCCGGCAAAUCGGCCCCGCACGAGUUCCUACAGCUACUGAUUUAUAACGCGACCACCUUCAGCGACGAAAUAGAAAAAGUUGAUACCGUACGAGCCUACCAUAGUGGACCUGAAUAUUUCGUGGAAAUUGACGUCGUCAUGGACGCCGAGACACCGCUUUGGAAAGCGCACGACAUUAGCCAGCAGCUCCAGGACAAGCUGGAACUCCUGCCCAACGUCGAUCGCGCAUUCGUCCAUGUCGACCACGAAACCACGCACACUCCCGAGCAUCGCAAGGAGAAAGAAUCAUGA